AUGGAGGACCCUAGCUGGGGGCGUAACUGCGAUCUUCUGGUCAACGCGCUGCAGGCGUUGGAGCGUGGCACCUCACAGAUACGCCGAAGUACCAACAAACUUAUCACGUUGCGCGAUAUAGCAAAGGAGCGAGAGAAGGUCAAGCGUGUCACGAGCAGCACGAACGCCAAGGAGGUGCACGCCAUUCAAGAUGCUCUGGCACUCAUGGAAAAAUAUAUGCGAUUGAACCCUGCGCAACUGCGGGGCCAAGGCGUGAAACUCACAACGGAGGCUCAAAUGGCACUCGAGAACUACCAGAAGUCAUGUGACGCGUUCUACAAGAGAUGCAUCAGCGUUGAGGAGUCGCUGCGCCGCGGCGGGGCGACUACCGGCGUGCGGAUUGGGGGAGGAGGACCCGCCGCCUCCGCCGCCAGCGACGUGGAUGACGCAGACGAAAAUACUGAUUUGCUUCAAGGGGCCCGCAACGGCGGGCUCACACAGAAGGAGGCGUUUGAACGUGACCUACACGACGAGAUAAUGGAGGAGCGCCAGCGCGAGACCACUGAGAUCGCCGACAACGUAAAGGACAUAAACGAGAUAUUCAAUCACAUUCACUUAAUGGUGAAUGAACAAGGGGAGGCGCUGGACCUUGUUGAGGAGAACGUCGGCAUCGCUGAGCGAGCGACAAGAAAUGCGACUAGCAAUUUGCGCCAGGCACAACAGUACCGUGAAACUUCGACACGUGACAAGAUGAUGCUUUGGUUCGUUCUUGUUUUAGCAUUUAUAGUGUUUCUUGUGGUGCUUCUUAGUUGA